AUGUUGACCAUGAUCGACACCAGGAAGGACAGUAACCCUACAUCUGGAUCAGCUAUCGCCAUCAAAAACGAUACCAUGGUCAACUCUAUUUACGUGUAUCACGACGGUUUGACAGUUAUUUCAGGAGACUCUUCUGGAUACUUGAAGACAUGGGAUAUGCGCACAGGCAAGAUUCUGCAGGCGAUUUUGAAUGAACCGACUAAGAAGCCUAUUUCGCACUUGGCCAUCUCCAAGCAACGUGGCUCGCUGGACGGAGUCAGCUUGGCAGAAACAGAGGAGCCUGAGUCACGAUGGCUUGCAGUGAACAGUUAUGACAAUGUCAUCCGAGUGUACGAUCGAGGAUUCGAGCCGCCUACAACCAUGCCCCGCUUGGUUUAUUCUCUCAAAGGAUACAGGAACAAGCACUGGCCCAUCAAGAGUGCAUUUUUCCACGGAAAAGACUAUAUUGCAGGGGCUGCAGGCAGAAGGACCGGAAAAGUACGCGGAGGGGAUGGAGACGAGGCAGCAUCAACCAUCUCGGACAAGGACAUUCCAUUGGAAUCGAGCCUCAUCCUGGCUUCAGGAUCGAUGGACCCAUAUGUGUACCUCUUUGACGUGGGCGCUGGCGACGGCCAAUACGAAGUCCUGCAGAAGCUCUCGGGUCACACGGACCGCGUGUAUGAUGUCGACUUCCACCCUGUAGACCAUGUUCUUGCAUCCGGUUCCGCCGAUUUCAGCGUCAAAGUCUGGGGACGCGCCUCCAAGAGGAAGAAGUGA